AUGACCUCGAACAAUAAUACCUUACCAUCAUACGGAAACGACGAUGAUGAUUUUACCAGCCAGUAUACCCUCAAAUACACCGGCUUCGGAUUUCAAGCCCCAAACAUCCCAAUCUUCAGAUACAACGAUUCCACAGGCUACCCAACCGAUCCAUCUCUCGAGACCCCAGAUUACACAAUUUCCCGAGUAAACGACAAACUCCAACUUGCUUCAACAAGGCCAAAGGAGACAAACCUCACAAUCAUGGCCUACCUCAAGAAACAAAAAAUCGAAAUCCGUGACGCUCCCGAGUUAACACCAGGAAGUAAGGUACUUGAAAGUAUCACUGUGGAAUGGUAUAGUACCUAUUCUCAGCCAAAACUUUAUGAUAUCAAACUUCCUGACGGGAAACUCUACCGUUGGUGGUCCGCUGGUGACGGUGUUUUUGAGCUGCUUGACAAGUCUAAGGACGCUACGAAUAAGGACGCCGCGAUUGCAAGGAUUGCAGCUGCUAAGGCUGAUAGGAGGGUAAUAGUUAUCUCGAUCACAAACGUGGCGUUAGAUAAGGGUAGUGGUUUGACAGAGAGUGUCAUCUUGGUCAGUGCAGUUGGGGUUUUGAAAAAGUGUGAGAAGAAUCUUGUACAUUUUGGUUGGUUUGACGCUGGAGCUUCUGCAAAGGCGAAUAGUUUUAUGUCUUUUUUUAGUCUGGCUGGGAGUGGUUGA